AUGAGGACAAUCCUUGUCGCAUCGCUGGUGCUACCAUUCUGUUUUUCUCUUGGACCGGAACAUGUACCAAAAUUUUUAGAAACGAAUCCGACAAAAACAGCUGUCAUAGACCAAAUUGGCCGUUACACCGUCAACGCCAGCCAGACGCUUAAUGAGCCACCAAAGAAUGAUGGUCUUGAAACGAACUAUCGACACCCUUUCGCUUUCCAGUUCAAUGCUUAUAAAACGGCUGAUAAAGUUGACGGCGCACGCCCUGUCGCUGCUGCUGAAGCCGUCGUUCCACGUCAAAUUACAUUCACAGCCCCAGGGCCGCUCCCAGAACCUGAAAACAAACGCAAAAACUUUUCAUCUCUUGCCGUACCUGUGCUUCCACCAAUUCCUGUUGCCCCCGUUGCCUAUAAUGCAAUCCCGGCCCCGAUCUUAAACCACCCGAUCCCAAGCCCAAUCCCCGGUGCCAUCCCUAGCCCACUGCCAGCGCUUCCACCAGUUCUUGCUACCGGUCCGGUUCCGAUCUUGGCCCCAAGGGUCAAUAUUCCGCUUCUUCCACCUGUUCGCCCAGUCGCCCCUAUUGCUCCAGCUAUCCCAAUGCGUCCUGUGAACGUGGUGGCUCCCAUCCCAGGACCACUUCCACUUCCACUUCCAGCUCCAUCUAUGGGUCUUCGUCCACUUCCGGUAGCCAGUCUGCCACCAGCGCCCAUCUAUCCAUCUCCACCAAUGGUCCUUCCAGCUCCUCUCCCACCUCGACCCUUGUUGAAUCCGAUGCCACUUUUGCCACAUCCUAUUCUUCGAAUUCCCUCAAAUAUCCCUGCUCCACUUCCUCCAGCCUUCCUUCCACCACCUCGAUUCCCAUCCCCGGUGCUUCCUAUUGCUCCUCCAAGACUACCCAUCCUCCCAGCUCCUCUGCCACCCCGUGUACCACUUCUAUCCCCUCCCCCACCUCCACCAGCCGUCCAACCAUUCCCGGUUCCAUUCGCCCCUCCUCCUUCAUAUGUUUCCCCACCUCUUCUCCCAGCGCCUAUUAGACCUCAGGGCUUCCUCUCUUCAAUGCUUCCCCCUGGUCAUGUCCCAGUCAGCCCUUCUGCCCCAGGUGUUUUUAGCCCUGGCCCACUACCAUACCCAUUGAGGCCAGGACCUUUCGGGAAACAUAGUACCGAGCUGCCGUUCAAGAUCAGCUUCUUCAAUGCGCCAUACUACACCGAGAAUUUGAUUGAAAAGCCGGCUCCAAUUGGCGCGCCCAUCGUUCUACCGUAUGAGGCCGUUCGAUUCCACAAGUACAAGCAGUUACAGGAGCAGCAGCAGCUCGAAAAAGCGGAG